AUAUACAAUUGCUUGUACCUACGCUAGAGCACGUAACGCCCACGCCCAAUCACCAUGCAAGACGGAGCAAGACCAGGACAGCAAGUUAUCGAAAUCAUCUUGCCAACCUAUUCUAUGAAACCGGCCGAAGAUGAAAAAUUCUACCCUUCAAAAAUCAGACAAAUAUGCACCGAGGCGUUAAAGGAUGAGCUAGAUAAUAAAGAGUAUUUCGAGGAUGGUGCCAAAGACUGGAUCCUGACCAUUGGGAAUAAAAUCAAAGCUCAGGCGAAGAGCCUCAAUUUGCCACGAUACAAAGUAAUUGUACAAGUCACAAUCGGACAAAUGAAAGAUCAAGGUGUAAGUGUCGCAUCAAGGUGCCUCUGGGAUCUUCUCUUUGAUAAUUACACUUCUGUUAAUUAUACCAACUCUUCCCUAUGGGCUAAUGCGAUGGUUUUUGGAUUAUAUACCGAUUGAAUUGAGUCAUCUGGUUCCACAGCUUAAAGAGGCUAAAAGUGCAGAUAUGAUAUUACUAUGGUAAUUCACGCCAGUGUAUCGUGCGUACUAAACGCAACAGGGCAUUUAGAGGUUGCUUGACCCUUGUCCGCUAUGCGCAUGGGCAGACCGACCUUUUAACUCGAAAUGGACCUAAAAAUAGAAACCUGCAAUGCAGAGCGAAAUAGGGAGGUCUAUAUGUUUCAUUUAUGAGGGACAGUUUUCUCGAGGACCGGCACAUAAGGGAUAGAACUCAAACUCGAGGUUGAACUCAGACUUGCCAGUGAACAAGCACUCAUACGAAGAAGUCUUGUCACUGGCCGCCGGUUUGUCACCGUCAUUUUCGAGAUUUUUAGGGUGUUCAAGUUCCCUUCCCCCUGAUCAUAACAGCUUUUAUGAGA